AUGCCUCAACCUCGUUUUUUUACCGGUAUUCAAGCCAGCGGCACCCUUACUUUAGGGCAUUAUUUAGGGGUAAUUCGUCAUAUUUUAGAAAUACAAGAGGAAUAUGAGAUCAUUAUCAUGAUCUGUGAUUUACAUGCCUUAACCAUCCCCAAGCCCAACUUUAACUAUCGGGAAAUCGGUCAUGAAAUCGCUUCUUUAUUAUACGCUUGUGAUCUAAAAGAGGAAAAUUGUAAAAUAUUCAUUCAAUCGGAGAUAAAAGAGCAUGUUGAACUGGCUUAUUUGCUUUCUCCACAUAUUACUGUUAGUGCUUUAUCUAAUAUGAUUCAAUAUAAAGAGAAAAAAAAAGAGAAAGAAUCUGGCAAUUUGGCGUUGUUGUCUUAUCCGGUUUUAAUGGCGGCAGAUAUUUUUCUCUACGAUGCGGACUUGGUUAUUGUCGGCCAGGACCAAACCCAACAUCUCGAAUUAGCCACUAAUAUCGCCCAGAAAUUCAAUAAUUUUUACAACAAAAAUCUGCUAAAAAUUCCGCAAUUUACUAUACCUCAUUUGGGGGCUAAAAUAAUGGGUCUAAAAAACCCGCAAAAAAAAAUGUCAAAAAGCGAGAAUGAUUUUCUGGCCUUAUUAGACAACCCGCAAGUC